ACUGCGCAUGCCACAUGGAUGUUCUAUCAAUAAUCAGUUAAGCUUCAGCAUUUGAGUCAUGCAGAUGUAUAGUUUCUGCGGAUUUAUUUUUUGGAUAGUGCAGCCUAAUGUUUUAUUUUUUAGUGUGUUGGAUAGGAUAUCAUUGUGCUGAGCUGGUCUUGAGUUCAGUCUAACGUUACCUAGCUAGUCUUUCUCGCAGAAUUCAAAGGAAGGGGAACGUGUCGACGGAGAUACUCAAGUCCACACGAUGAAUAACAAACCUGGGAAAAAGCAAAGCAACACAACCAAGAGGACUAUACAGUCUAACACUAAUGGGGUUACUUUCAACUCCAUCCGAAUAAAAAAAGAACCAGGAGACUUUGAACGGAAGGAAAUUGGUGACCAUUCCAAACGUCCUUUGCUGGAGAAGCAAAAGCACGUCAAGCAGCAUCAAACUACGUCCAACCAAGCGACCCGGUGUAGCAAGAUAUCGAGGAGUCCUGUGGUGAUACUAACAAAAUUGUCCAACGUGGUGCUUAAGACUCUUCUGAGAGAAACUAAAGUGCGUUUGGUGAAGGAGGAGACAGAUGCCAGGAGGGAUGAAGACAACAGUGAAGUCUCUUCUCCGCAGUUCUUUCCUUGUCCACACUGCACCAUCUCCUUCACUGACUGUUACUUCCUGGAGAACCACAUCAAGACCAAACACCAGAAGCAGUACCUGGCCAUGUUGAAAAGCCACGUCUCAAAGAGUAAAACCGUGUACGCCCCCACACACAGCUGUCCCCAGUGCAGCUGCAUGUUCCAUACCCCACGACAGCUACACAUCCACACCCGCCAGGCCCACCCCUCCGCCCUUCCCCAGAAACCUGCCCGUCCCCCCAGGGUUCCGGGGAAACUCCACCCCUGCCCGCAGUGUGCCCGUAGAUUCCCGUACCUGGGAACCCUGCUGAAGCACUGCAAGAAUUUGCACAAAAUGGCUGUUUUUCGCACCGAUGGUCAUAUCAGUUGUGCUGACUGUGGGAAGAGCUUUGAAAAUUGCUGGGGACUAGGGCCACACCGGUGUCAAGAACCAGAGGGCACUAAACCUAAGGACACUAAGACUGUGGUCUGUCUGGAAGUCGGCUUCCAUUGCUCAGAGUGUGGGAAGAUCCUCAGUACUCCUACGAGCCUGGACACUCACAUGCGCAUCCACACUGGAGAGAAGCCGUACGAAUGUAAGGAGUGCGGCAAGCGCUUCUCAGAGAACAGCGGUUACCGUUAUCACUCGUUAAUACACUCGGGGCUCAAGCCGUUCAAAUGUCAGGACUGCGGGAAGACUUUCAAACGGAAGUCGCUCCUCUGGACUCACAUGUCGGUUCACACUGGUGAGCGGAAGUUCUCCUGCACCCAAUGCGAUAAGCGGUAUGCAAGCAGGGCCCAUCUGAAGCUUCACCUGCGAACACACUCGGGGGAGAGACCUUUCAAAUGCACCGUUUGUGGUAAAGACUUUGCUGACAAAGCUUAUCUGAAAACACACCUGAAGAUCCACAGCAACGAGAAGAACUACCACUGUGGGGUUUGUGGGCGGGCGUUCUUGAGGCUGGGGUUAUUGAAGUUACACAUGCGCUCACAUACUGGGGAGAGGCCCUACCACUGCACAGUGUGCGACAAGAAGUUUUUCCGACUCUCACACCUGAAGAACCAUCACCUGACUCACACGGGUGAGAAACCAUACACCUGUACCGAGUGCAGUAAAAGCUUCACUCAGUCUGGGGAUCUGUCCAAGCACAAGCUCCUACACACUGGGGAGAAGCCAUUUGAAUGCCCUGAAUGCCCCAGCCGGUUUAACCGUUCUGGUUCUCUGUCCAGUCACAUGAGGACCCACACUCACCGUGAUAUAAAGCCAUACUCCUGCCAAGAAUGUGGGAAGAGCUUUUAUGAACAGAGUCACGUCAAAGUCCACAUGAAGACCCACACAGGGGAGAGACCGUAUCCCUGCCCCCACUGCCUUUUCAGCUUCACUCGGAAAGCACAUCUCUCCAAACACCUGCCUAGAUGUCGUAAAUGAUCAUGGUUGCCAUUUUUUAUGACACCUUUUUUAUUAUGAAAUUCAUUGUAUUCAUAGGAAUCACUUUUAGAUGAAUCCACCACAGUAAAACAAUAUUGUUAUAUAGUCAUGGAAUACAUUGAAACAUUAUUAAACUGAGCAAAAAUAUAAAUGCAACAUGUACAGUGUUGGUCCCAUGUUUCAUGGGCUGAAAUAAAAGAUCCCAGAAAUGUUCCAUAUGCACAAAAAGCUUAUUGCUCACAAAUUUGUUUACAUCCCUGUUUAGUGAGCAUUUUUUCCUUUGCCAGGAUAAUCCAUCCACCUGACAGGUGUGGCAUAUCAAGAAGCUGAUUAAACAGGAUGGUCAUUACACAGGUGCGCCUUGUGCUGGGGACUAAAGGCCCUAAAAAAUGAGCCAUUUUGUCACAAAACACAAUGCUAGAGAUGUUUCUAGUUUUAAGGGAGCGUGCAAUUGACUUGCUGACUGCAGGAAUGUCGACCAGAGCUGUUGCCAGACAAAUGCUAUGUUAGUUUCUUCACCAUAAGCCGCCUCAAGUCGUUUUAGAGAAUUUGACAGUACAUCCUACCAGCCUCUCAACCGUAGACCAUGUGUAUGGCAUUGUGUGGGCAAGCGGUUUGCUGAUGUCAAUGUUAUGAACAAAAUGCCCAGUGGUGGUGGGGUUACGGUAUGGGUAGGCAUAAGCUAUGGACAACCAAGACAAUUGCAUUUUAUCGAUGGCAAUUUGAAUGCACAGAGAUAUUGAGAUCCUGAGGCCCAUUCUCGUGCCCUUCAUCCGCCGCCAUCACCUUGUGUUUCAGAAUGAUAAUGUACGGCUCCAUGUCGCAAGGACGUGUACACAAUUCCUGGAAGCUGAAAAUGUCAUAGUUCUUCCAUGGCUUGCAUACUCACCAGACAUGUCACCCAUUGAGCAAGUUUGGGAUGCUCUGAAUCAACGUGUAUGACAGCAUGUUUCAGUUCCCACCAAUAUCCAGCAACUUCGCAAAGCCAGUGAAGAGGAGUGGGACAACAUUACACAGGCCACAAUCAACAGUCUGAUCAACUCUAUGUGAAGGAGAUGUGUCGCGCUGCAUGAUGCAAAUGGUGGUCACACCAGAUACGGACGGGUUUUAUGAUCCACACCCCUACUUUUAUGUUUAAUUAAGGUAUCUAGGACCAACAGAUGUAUAUCUGUAUUCGCAGUCAUGUGAAGUACAUAGAUUAGAGCCUAAUUGAUUUAUUUUAAUUGACUGAUUUCCUUUAUAUGAACUGUAGCUCAGUAAAUCUUUUAAAUUGUUGCAUGUUGCGUUUAUAUUUUUGUUCAGUAUAGUAGAUCAUAGUUACAUUGUUUUGUUAAUGAACACCCUUUUUAGUACUUUUUUUCUUUUCAUUUAAAAUAAUGUUACUGUAUGCUGAAUCUCCUGGUAACAACUGAUGGUGACAAAGCCUACUAAAGAGAAAUAACUUUUAUCAGUCAGCAAAUUGAUCAGUCUGCCAUCUGAAUGGUCUGAAUUGUAUGGCUCAAAUCUUGAUUGUAUACUCUAAUACAAAAUGAUUCAGUCAGUUAUCCUCAGAAAAUGGCUACAACUGUUUCCAUCUGAACUAGGGGAGGCAUAGCAAAUACAUAGUGCAUUCGGAAAGUAUUCAGACCCCUUAACUUUUUCCUCAUUUUGUUACGUUACAGCCUUAUUCUAAAAUUGAUUAAAUAAUUUCCCCCCUGAAUCUACACACAAUACCACAAUGACAAAGCAAAAACAUUUUAUAUUUUUUUUUGCAAAAAAAGAUAUCAGAUUUACAUACUGUAAGUAUUCAGACCCUUUACUCAUCACUUUGUUGAAGCAUCUUUGACAGUGAUCACAGCCUCAAGUCUUUUUGGGUAUGACGCUACAAGCUUGGCACACCUGUAUUUGGGGAGUUUCUUCUGUUCUUCUCUGCAGAUCUUCUCAAGCUCUGUCAGGUUGGAUGGGGAGUGUCGCUGCACAGCUAUUUUCAGGUCUCUCCAGAGAUGUUCAAUCUGGUUCACAUCCAAGCUUUGGCUGGGCCACUCAAUGACAUUCAGAGACUUGUCCCGAAGCCACUCCUGCGUUGUCUUGGCUGUGUGCUUAGGGUCAUUGUUCUGUUGGAAGGUGAACCUUUGCCCCAGUCUGAGGUCCUGAGCGCUCUGGAGCAGGUUUUCAUCAAGGAUCUCUUUGUACAUUGCUCUGUUCAUCUUUCCUGACUAGCCUCCCAGUAUCUGCCGCUGAAAAACAUCCCCACAGCAUGAUGCUGCCACCACUAUGCUUCACAGUAGGGAUGGUGCCAGGUUUCCUCCAGACGUGACGCUUGGCAUUCAGGCCUGAGAGUUCAAUCUUGGUUUCAUCAGACCAAAUAAUCUUGUUUCUCAUGGUCAGAGUCCUUAAGGUGCCUUUUGGCAAACUCCAGGUGGGCUGUCAUGUGCCUUUUACUGAGGAGUGGGAUCUGUCUGGCCACUUUACCAUAAAGCCCUGAUUGGUAGAGUGCUGCAGAGAUGGUUGUCCUUCUGGAAGGCUCUUCCAUCUCAACAGAGGAACUCUGGAGCUUUGUCAGAGGGACCAUUGGGUUCUUGGCCACCUCCCUGACCAAGGCCCUUCUCCCACUAUUGCUCAGUUUGGCUGGGUGGCCAGCUCUAGGAAGAGUCUUGUUGGUUCCAAACUUCUUCCAUUUAAGAAUGAUGGAGUCCACUGUGUUCUUGGGGACCUUCAAUGUUACAGACAUUUUUUUGGGACCCUUCCCCAGAUCUGUUCCUCGACACAAUCCUGUCUCGGAGCUCUACGGACAAUUCCUUCGACCUCAUGGCUUGGUUUUUGCUCUGACAUGCACUGUCAAUUGUGGGACCUUAUAUAGACAGGCGUGUGCCUUUACAAAUCAUGUCAAAUCAAUUGAAUUUACCACAGGUGGACUCCAAUCAAGUUGUAGAAACAUCUCAAGGAUGAUCAAUGGAAACAGAAUGCACCUGAGCUCAAUUUCAAGUCUCAUAGCAAAGGGUCUGAAUACUUACGUAAAUAAGGUAUUUCUGUUUUUAAUUUGUAGUACAUUUGCAAAAAUGUAUAAAAACCUGUUUUGCUUUGUCAUUAUGGGGUAUUGUGUGUAGAUUGAUGAGGGGAAAAAUGUAAUUACAGCCUUAUUGUAAAAUACAUACAAUGUAACCAAAUAUGAAAAAAGGGGGAGGGGUCUGAAUACUUCCGAAUGCAUUGUAGAGCCUGUAUGUCCCCUUUCCUUUUGCCCUGUGAACCAGAUGUGUGAAAAAAGGGGAGGGGUCUGAAUACUUCGGAAUGCAUUGUAGAGCCUGUAUGUCCCCUUUCCUUUUUCCCUGUGAACCAGAUGUGUGAAAAAAGGGGAGGGGUCUGAAUACUUCCGAAUGCAUUGUAGAGCCUGUAUGUCCCCUUUCCUUUUGCCCUGUGAACCAGAUGUGUGAAAAAAGGGAGAGGGGUCUGAAUACUUCUGAAUGCAUUGUAGAGCCUGUAUGUCCCCUUUCCUUUUGCCCUGCGAACCAGAUGUGUGAAAAAAGGUCAGGCCCUCAGCACGACUCCUCUUUUAAGACGGCAGAACACCAUCUCACAUAGGCAUCAUUACUAUGACCUUUAGAACACAGAAUGGGAGAGGCCAGGAGUACUGGGAGAAAUGGGAUUCAUCAUUGGAAAUUGACUGAUUGAAAGAUGAUGUAAUUGUAACUUGUGCAUUGUACCUGCCUGUUUUGUGUUUGUUUUCAAUAAAAACAAAUAAAAGGAUGAA